UAUGGAUUAAGAUUAAAGAGGCCUUUCACCAUAAACUUCAAAAUCAUCAUCCCAUUAGAAUCAAGUAUCAAGGUCUAAAGAAUUUCAAUUAGAUUUCUUUAUACAAAAGAAAUUUAUAUCUGAGGAUUUGAAAUCAAUUUUAGAGGAAGCACAAGUACUAUAUCAAAUCUAAAUAAGCAAAAAUAUUUGAUAAAAUCUAUCCAUAUAAAUUACAAGAAUUAAAUUCCAGAAUUAGAUGGUGUAGCUUUUACAAUUGAUGAUUCUGGGGAAAAUAAAAUGAAUGCUAAAUGUGAUGCAGCUCUUUAUAUAAUUCAAUUAUUAUAGGAGAGAUGUAAAUAAUAAAUAAAUAUCAUACUCUUAAUACCAGAAGGUAUAUAUAUAGUAAUUCUAGGAAUUGUAUCCUUUUUAAUUGGAUCCAAAGGAUCAUAGCUUGCAAAAAUCAUUGAAGAAACUAAUGCCAAAAUUACAGUAAAUCAACCAAUUGUUAACUAUUCUCCUAGAACUGUUAAAAUUGUAGGUGAUUAAAGCACAAUUAAUUGUGCUAUUAGAGCUAUAACCAAAAAAAUGUAAGAAAGAGGCAUUUCCUCAGAAGAUUAUAAAAAGGUUCCUGAAACAUUGAAUCCAUAAAAAGUUAAUGUUAAAGUAAAUAUUUAUACAAUAAUUUAAAGACAAAACUCAUUUUUUAAUCCUCUGUUGUUGAUUACAUUAUGAAAAAUAAAAAUGAAAUAGAGAAUAAAUAUGAAGUCUAAAUCAAAGCAAAAGAAAGCAAUGAAAUUAAACUCACUGUAAUAAUGUUUUUAUUAUUAAUAUAUAGUAAAAAUGCAAAUUAAAAAGAGAAGAUAAAAUAGUUUAAUUAUAAGGUUCUUUAUCCAAUGUUUAAGAUGCUUUAUCAUCUUUAAUUAGAAGAGUCUCAGAACAUUUAAAAAAAUAAGAAUUAGAAAUAAAAAUUGUUAUGCCAGCUAGUUAUGCUUCUAAAUUAAUUGGAGCAAGUAUCUUAUAAUUUAUAUAUAUUCUUUUUAGAGGGUUGUUAAAUUAGGGAAUUAGCUACAAAAUCAAAAGGAGCUUAAAUUAAAGUUUUAUCUGAUAAAGAUGAAACUGAUCAUGAUUAUUGUAUGCUAUUUCACUAAUUAUUAUAGAUUGUAUUGUUCAAAUUGCAGGAAAUUUAUAAAAUAAACAAGAUGCUAGUAAAUUAAUUCUAUAAUAAAUUGAAUGUUUUAAGAAUGGAGGACCAGUAUAUUAUAAUAUAUAUAUAUUAGAUAAUGGAUAGUGGUAAAUUUUUAAAUGAGGAUAAUUAGAAUUAAACAUCUUAAUAAUCAAACAAUUAUGAAGAUUAUAAAAUAAAAAGGUUUUAAAAAUAUAUUCAAACUUUAUUAGAUAAAAAUCUAGUUCAUAAUCUGAGAGAAAUUCACGUUCAAGAUCAUAAUCCAGAAGAAAACAUAAACAUUAAAGGAAAAGAUCUAAUGAAAGAAGAUCUGCAUCAUCAAGGUAAUUCAAAUUAAACUAUUCAUACUUUUUAGUUAUUCUAAAAGAAGAGAAAGAGCAAAUGUCUUAUCUACAAAAAUGAUUAUUUCUAAUGAAGUGAUGCAUAUUUUAGAAAGAUAUAAUAAAUUAAGAGAAUAUAAAGAGAGAUUUAAUGUAGAUACAUAAGCUGAGGAUUCGGUACUAAUCAAAUCUAAUAAAUUAGAGAAGAAAUUCUGAAUCUUAUUUGAGAUUAAAAGGCAAAUUAAAAGAUUGUUUAAUUGUUAUUGAAGAAAUUUUGAAUGAGCAACAAAAAAUCCUAAGAAAAUGA